GCUGGGCUGUGUCCCUGCAUCCAGCUGGACCAGGCUGUGUCCUGCCCUCCUUGGACAGGAAAGCAGCAGCUCUCAGGAAAGAGUUAAUCCCAGCGAGCCUUUGGGAUCCUUUGCUGGGGAGAGGGCCGAUCCUUUGUUUGUUUUGAAGCUGCUGGCAGGAAAGCGGGGAGGAGAAAAUUACCUAAGUGAUAGUGAGCUUGCCACGAACUAUAUAAAACUGGGAAAUCAAAGCCGAGAAACUCCACCUCGCAGUCCUGAAGCACAAGCACAACCCCUGAAGAGAAACCCACCCCAGCAGCGAGUGAUCUCAAAGGCUUGAACUCCGAGCAAGCCGCAUGAGCUCAGAGCUGCUGCGGGACUGAGCAGCCCGGAGCAGGGAACGCUGCUUGGGAGCUCCCAGAGCCAUGGAGUGGAGGCAGCUCCUCUGCAUCCUCUGCCUGCUGGAGCUGGCUGGUUUUGCUGCUGGGAGCACCACGGCCGCCCCCAGCCCCGCAGGAACAGCGAGGGACAGCAGCAGAGGGACAGCCAGCCCUGCCACCACGGACAGCACAGCCACAGGCGACAGCAGCAGCACCAAAGCAACCUCUGCUGCAGCCACAGCCAGCUCCGAGGCCACCAGCCCGACACCACCAGAGCUCCUUGGCCAGCAGACAACGGGCCCCCAGCCCAGCCCUGCCUCCACAGCACUGCUGGGCUCCUCCCCGGGGUCCCUGGGGUCCCCGGGGGUCCCCACGAGCCAGCCCGAGGACAGGACACUCACCUUGGGCCCCCCCAGCUCUGCGGCCACCCCGGAGCCUGCUGCUGUCCCUGCUGCCACCACAGCCCUGCACAGCGGCUCCCAGCCUGCCCUCCGUGCCAUCAGCUGCCACGGUGCCAGGGACCAGGGUGACACCGGGGCCAUCUGCCUGCAGCUCAACGAGUCCAGCACCUGCGAGCACUUUCUGGAGAGGAAGGGAUUGGAUUUAUGGCAAGCACUGUGUGAAAAUAGAACCCACGGCGUGGAGCCCCCCUGUGAGAUCAAACUGACUCCAUCCAGCCUGGACAGGGACUGUUUGCUCCUCAUCCUCAAAGGAGAGAAAGAUCCUGACAAACUUCUGAACACGCUCCAGAAGUCUCACUGGGAAAAGCUUGGAAUAGAAUCCCUUAAAAAGGAGAGCACGGGGAGCCGGCGGGAGCCUUCCCAGAGGACGCUGAUCGCCCUGGUGACAUCUGGGCUGCUGCUGGCCUUCCUGGGGCUGGCCGGGUAUUUCCUGAUGAGGCGGCGCAGCUGGAGCCCCGCGGGCCAGAGGCUGGCUGAAGACCCCUACUACACGGAGAACGGCAGCCAGGGGAACACCAUGCUGAUGUCGCCGUCCCAGGAGCCGGCGGAGCUGCAGGAGAAGCCGAACCUGAACGGGGGCGCGCAGGAGAACGGGACGGGCUCCAAGAACGGCCGGCAGCACAGCCCCGCCGACACCGAGAUGUGACAGCGACAUCUCCCCGGGCCCGCAGGGGAUCUCCUUCAGACCUCCUGUGUCUCACUGUCUCUGUGAAGGACUCCAAAACCAGCCUAAACCACCUGGAGAGCCAAAGCUGCCGAAGAGCAGCUCCUCCUCCUCCUCCUCCUCAUCCUCCUCCUCCCGCUGAACACACAGGACAAUUUUUGCAGCUGUUCUCUGCUUUUGUUGUCAGAAGAACACCAGGACAAAAGCCGGUGCCCUCUGGCCUCCCCAGAUUUCAGGCAGAGGCAGAGUUUGGCUCCAGGCAGCCCAGAUGUCUGGUAGCAAUAUGUUAGGCUGACCGAAGUAGUGAAAUUGGGAUUGCAGUGACAAAAGCCUCUCAGGUUUCAGAUAGUUUUGGUUAACAGAGUUGUUUAUAAUCUCAUCUUUAUGUUUAAGUGCAGGAUUUCUUCCUCUUCUGAGGCCACCAGGCAUUUAACCCCUUCCUGUCUUUAGGGCUCCUCUACUAUUCCCUACUCCAGCAGAAUUUGCUGAAGCUGUGUUUAAAACUUUCCACAUGGAAUUGCAGGCUGAAAUGUCAACUUUUUCUCUUUUAAUCCUA